CACGCACGCGCGCCAGAUCGCGCCAACCGUCCGACCAAAAGGGAGUCGAAGUUUAAGCUCAGCUGAAGUAAACGAGUGACGUGUUGAUGUGGCGCCGAGCUGCAGGCUAACGGUUAGCUAGGCGCUAAUGGUUCUUUUCCUGCUUCGACCCGUGCGCAAUAAUGACGUCGUCGUGCCUUCGUCUAAUAAACCCAGUGAGAAGAAUUCUCGUCAAGUGAUAGGUGAGCGGCAUGGCUUUGAUCUCCUUGGACGACCUGGAGGGCUUGGACGAAGACGAGCAGCUGGACGAUGACAUCACGGACAACCCCGAGCCAAUGGGGGACGAGCACUCGGACAGGCUGCUCGCUCAUUGGAGGGCCGUGGCCAGCACGCAUCAGGUCACCGUGCCGACAGAAAUGAGGGGCCCCAUCCACGAAAUGGCACGCAACAACCAGCAGAGGGAGCCUGUCCCCUUCGCGCUGAUUUCCUGUCAGGAGAAGAUGGGCGAGGUGAUGUGGGAGGAGCGCGUGUACCCGGCCGGCAAGUGGGCGUGCGUGCGGCAGGCGGAGGAACUUUACGAGCAGAGCAUUUCCAAGAGCUUCAUGAAGUUGAUGCGCUUCAUCUGCAAGGAGAACUCAGCAGGCGGCCACCUGGGCAUGACGAUACCGGUGGUGAGCACGGUGCUGGUGACGGCCGACGGCGAGACGCUGGACAAGAACGUGGAGACGGGCUUCUACCUGCCCGCCGCCUUCCAGGACGCGCCGCCGCGGCCGCACGACCCCGACGUGGAGGUGGUGCAGCGCGACGCCUUCACCGUCGUGGCCGGGCCCUUCGUGGGGACGACCAACGAGGAGACGGUGACGCGCCACAUCGGCUUGCUGCGGGAGCUGCUGGGCGCCUCGGCGUCCGAGCGCCUGCGCUCCGGCGUCUACAUGGUGGCGGUCUACGAGAACCCCGGCGUCCCGCGCCGACGCAACGAGAUCUGGUUCCUGCGGCGCUAGCGGGUGGGGGGGGCGACACCGCACGCACGCUCACACACAAUCUUGGAUGCCGUGUUGUUUCUCAUUAGCAUGCUUAGCUCUUAGCGCCGUUAGCU